AAGCCAGUUACAGGUGUCCAUGUGAGAUGCUUUAACUCUCCUUUUCUCUUUCACAGACCUCAAGGCAGGUCAAAAAAAGGAGUGAUUUAUAGGCAAUGGAUUGGAAUCCUAUACGUAGCGUUUACAUGUGAUAAGGCCUGUCUGCCGCUGUUUCUCUUGUCAUCCAUUAAUAUUUCCUUUAUUUUUCUCAAUAUCACGGACCAAGCAAGAAGGAAACACCCAGAACACUGAAACCCAGUUUUGAGAUCUGAUUGGUGAGUUUGGAGUUUUUAGUUUACCUGGGGAUCAUGGAGCUCCAACAAAGAGGAGCUCUUGCUGGACUUCUGGUGUUGCUUUUACCUCUGCUUUUGCCUGGUUUGUUUAGCCCAUUGAGCCAUGCCUCCCCUUCUACCUUCUCGGAAUGGAAUGUUCCAAAGCCUAGGCAUUUAUCUCUGUUGAGGAGUGCUUUGCAGCGUGAGACUUCACAUGAAAAACUGUCUGAUCUCUGGGCUCCUUUAGCUGAUCAAGGAUGGAGGCCAUGCGUUGAAUCUACAAAUGCCCCUUCAGCAUUGCCAGAGAAAUCUGAGGGAUAUCUUCAAGUAUUUCUUGAUGGAGGAUUGAACCAGCAGAGAAUGGGGAUAUGUGAUGCAGUGGCAGUUGCUAAAAUAUUGAAUGCAACUCUUGUCAUCCCACAUUUUGAAGUCAAUCCUGUUUGGCAAGAUUCAAGCUCAUUCGUGGAUAUAUUUGAUGUCGAUCACUUUAUUAAUGUGUUGAAGGAUGACAUUUCUAUAGUUAAAGAGCUGCCUGAUGAGUUCUCCUGGAGCACAAGGGAAUAUUAUGCCACUGCUAUUCGAGCUACCAGAAUUAAGACCGCGCCUGUUCAUGCUUCAGCUAAUUGGUAUCUGGAUAAUGUCUUGCCUGUACUGCAGAGUUAUGGGAUUGCUGCAAUCUCCCCAUUUUCUCACCGUCUGACUUUUGAUAACUUGCCCAUGGACAUCCAACGUUUGCGUUGUAAAGUCAAUUUUCAAGCAUUAGUUUUUGUUCCCCACAUCAGAGCACUUGGAGAUGCUCUUGUAAGUCGCCUCAGGUAUCCUUCCAGAAGAACUGAAGUCCUUAGCACUAAUUACCUACGGGAAACAACUGAUGUGAUUGAUGAAAACAAAGCCAGCAAGUUUGUAGUUAUACACCUUCGUUUUGACAAGGAUAUGGCUGCCCAUUCAGCCUGCGACUUUGGUGGGGGCAAAGCAGAAAAAUUGGCUCUGGCCAAGUACCGACAAGUAAUUUGGCAAGGAAGGGUCCUUAACUCACAGUUCACUGAUGAAGAAUUGAGGAGUCAGGGUCGGUGCCCAUUGACACCUGAAGAGAUUGGAUUGCUUCUCGCAGCUUUGGGCUUUGACAACAGUACCCGUCUAUACCUUGCUUCCCACAAGGUUUAUGGUGGGGAAGCUAGGAUAUCAACUUUACGAAAAUUGUUUCCACUAAUGGAAGACAAAAAGAGCCUUGCUUCUUCAGAUGAACGUGCGCAGAUUAAAAAGAAGGCUUCUCUUUUAGCUGCAGUUGAUUAUUAUGUUGGCUUGCACAGCGACAUCUUCAUCUCUGCAUCUCCAGGAAAUAUGCACAAUGCAUUGUUGGGACAUCGAACUUACAAGAACUUGAAAACCAUAAGGCCCAACAUGGUAUUGUUGGGACAACUGUUCUUAAACAAGAGUAUUAGUUGGUCAGACUUUCAGCAAGCAGUUCUUGAAGGGCAUGAAAACAGACAAGGACAGAUCAGACUGAGAAAGGCAAAACAAUCCUUAUAUACAUAUCCAGCGCCGCAUUGUAUGUGCCAAGCUUAAGAUGAUUUAUCUGAAGGAUGUGAAGUUACCAUCUCUAUUCUAUUGGUUUGGCACCACAGCUAUUGUGUGGCUGGUAGUAUAAAUAAACAAAAAAAAUUUCCGUUUGUCCUUUGAUGGAAGAGCACAUAUAGCAAUUAGCAAAGAGAAGAUGGGGUUUAAUUAAGGUGGGGAGAGAUUUAGAUCAUGAUUGUGUAUUUGUCAAAACUAAUGGGUUAUAUACUACGUGUUCUUGAACCAGGAAAAAGGUUUAUUUGUGAUUCAAUAGGUUACAGCUAUAUUUGUAUCCCUUCUAUCUGUCAAACGCCGGUUUUGAGUCGGUGGUUUGGCUGAUUUCAGUUUCAUCCGGUUAAUGGUUAAUUUUAUUUAUUUAUUUA